AUGACCAACAGCUAUUUUGCAGAGUUGACGGUUGUCUCCGUGUCUUCUCACAAGACUUUCCGGAUCAAGCAAUUCAUGGCCAAGGAACAAAAGCAGAAUCAUCCUAUUCCCCAGUGGAUUCAGAUAAAAACCGGUAAUAAAAUCAGGUACAACUCCAAGAGGAGACACUGGAGAAGAACCAAGCUGCAUCUACAAGGGAUCGCACAUGAGAUGGCACACACAUUAAUGCUGCGUGAGGCCCCAUGUUCCUCCCCUAUCACUCUGUAG